AUCACGCGCCACUGCAGCGAAAUGCCAAUUGGCUGCACGCAGGUGCUCCGGCUCCAGCGCAACGUCAUAUCCGGUAGUAACGUCGGCGCCGUUAUCGGCUGUGCAUCGCGUUGUUCCCUCCGGCAACCGGCUCACCCUUCGGUGGUUGGCGCCUUUCGCCGUUUCUCGAAUGCAGUAAGCGUCGGUGUGCGUAAAAUGGCGGACGGUGACAUUGAUUUGUACGCCGACGAUCUCGAGCAAGAUUUCGCGCAGGACGAAUUUGCUGGCGACGGUGUUGAUCUCUAUGACGACGUGAUUGCUGCACCAGCAGGUGGCAAUGGUGGUGUGUCCUCCAGUAAUACCGGAGAUGGUGGUGGCGACACUACAUCUCCCAACGAGGAGACUAACGGGAAUGCUCCUUAUCAUCAACUGGGCAAUAACAUACAACCGAACCAAAUUGGUAGACGCCACCAGCUUUAUGUUGGAAACCUGACUUGGUGGACGAGUGAUCAAGAUAUAACAGACACAGUUCAAAGUGUCGGAGUCAAUGAUUUUGUGGAAGUAAAGUUCUUCGAGAAUCGCGCCAAUGGGCAAUCCAAAGGUUUCUGUGUGAUAUCUUUAGGCUCGGAGCAAAGUAUGAGGCUGUGCAUGGAGCGACUACCUAAGAAGGAGCUUCACGGUCAGAAUCCCGUGGUAACCUUCCCGACGAAGCAAGCACUCAAUCAGUUUGAGUCCCAGUGUAAAACGCGACCGGCUCCGGCUCCGCAACAGAGUCAGAGCCAGCGUCCUCAUAACCCACAUCAGCAUCAACCACCAAUGCCACCUCAUCAACAGCAUCCCCAACAUCCGCAACAUCCACAACAUUCGCAACAGAACCAUGGUCCUCGAAUGAUGAUGGGUCCUCCGCAGGGCGUAAGACCACAGAGAAUGCCGCCACCCGGAAUGGGUCCACCAGGCCCAGGUGGACCGGGUCAGCAAGGACCGCCGCGUAUGCAUGGUCCACCGAUGGGUCCAGGUCCAGGACCGCAUCAUCCGUUACCUGGACAUCCUAAUCAGGGUCCUCCGCCUGGAUAUCAACAGGGUCCCUGGAAUGGGCCGCGUCCUAACGGUCCCCCCGGACCACCCCGAGGACCUAGUGGACCCGGCGGUCCACCUCAACAGGGCCCACCUGGGCCGGGUCCUGGCCAGCAUAGACCACCAGGAAUGCAAUUCCAUGGUGGUCCACCUGGUCCUCCCGGUCAGGGACCUCCGCGUGGACCGCCCGGACAUCCCGGUGGACCUCCAGGCGACCCGAGAGGUGCUCAACCACGUCCUGAAUGGAACAGACCUCCAGGAAUGCAUCACGGGCCUCAGGGACCACCUGGUUUCCCUCAACAUCAACAUAUGCAAGGGCCGCAGCCUAGCCAAGGCCCACCACAGAGAGGACCUCCUCCAGGUUCUAUGGGUGGUCCAGGCGGUCCUCCACCGGGACACGGUGGUCCACCACAGGGACCUCCUCAAGGUCCGCCAGGAGGACCAGCACCUCAUGUCAACCCAGCAUUCUUCCCACAAGGACCUCCUCAUCAACAUCCCGGUCAGCAUCCACCUGGCCCGCCCGGCCCUCCUCACGGACCACCUCACGGACCACCUCAUGGUCCUCCGCAUGGUCCUCCGCACGGUCCGCCACACGGACAACCGCAUGGACCGCCACAUGUACCACCGCAUGGUUACGGGCCACCGAGCGCACAGACUCCUUAUGGAGCACCCGGACCUGAUCAUCGCCCAGAAGGUCCUCCUCCGCUCACCGAGCAAGAAUUCGAGGAGAUAAUGGGCCGUAACCGUACAGUAUCCUCGUCUGCAAUUGCACGAGCGGUCUCUGACGCCGCUGCAGGGGAAUACGCCAGUGCCAUAGAGACCCUUGUGACUGCAAUUUCGCUGAUCAAACAAUCUAAAGUAGCUGCAGACGAUAGGUGCAAGAUCCUGAUCAGUUCUCUUCAAGAUACUUUGCGCGGUGUUGAGACAAAGAGUUACGGUUCCGGACGUAGAGAGCGUUCACGUUCGCGUGACCGAGAGCGCAGUCAUAGAAGACGACGCGAGCGAUCCAGGAGCCGGGAUCGUGAAUACCGGGAACGUAGCAGAGAUCGAGACCGUGAGCGUGACCGAGAGCGCGAUCGCGAGAGGGAAAGAGACCGUGAUAGGGACCGAGAACGUUAUUACAGCGAACCAUAUCCGAGAGAGCGAUCACGCAGCAGAGAAAGAGAACGCGAACGUGAAAGAGAUCGUGAAUAUAGAGAGCGAAGCAGAGAAGAAAGGAAUGGAAGGGAUGAAUUUUAAGAGGUGUACACGUUAAACAGACGUGUACAUUUUCAACAACAGAAUGCAAAUGUUCCUGCCUCCUAUGUUAUUCAAUUAGAAAGAACUGUAGAUCAUUGUCAUUGUAAUCUUGAUAAUCAGAACUGUCAUACAUGCUGGAAUUCCUUAUUAAUUUAUAUAUGAUUGUAGAUGGUAAUACGUUUGAUAUUAUGAUCUACCCAUCUCAGCGCAUAAAAGGAUUCUUUCCUUUAAGACAAAUUAUUUCUGCAUGAAUUAUGUGCAUUCAACAUUUUAGUUUUAUUUCUGUCAGAGAAUCCAGUGCACACGAUAAGAAUGAAUUUUCUGAAUUAUUAUAUAACUAACGUAUUCAAGUUUCACAAUGCAUUAAACGCGUCUGAGUCACAAAUGAUUUUGACAAAUGUCUCCUCCUUGAACAAAUGAAAAUUUAAGAGAAGAGACUUCAAAACAAAGUGCACGUUCAACGUCAUGUGAAUACGUAUAACUACUGCGUUGUGAAAUCUUUCUGGAAUUUGUGAAGAUACCUAUUUACCUGCGCAUUAUUUCAGAUUUUAACACGUAUUUAAUAAGAACCGUAAAAAAUUUUUACUUAACUAUUACGCUGUGCAAAGUGCAAAGUGCUUAUAUAAUUUCAUGUUUAAUAUUAUUGUAUGCGAUAUUGGCACGCUACUUGAAAUGCCAUUGAAACGGAAUACUUAUUGCUAGAUAAUUGAAUCAUUCGAGAACGGCAUAGCUUUGAACAAUAUUAGAUUUAUUGUUAUCGGAUUUCGAACAGAUGCGAUGCUAUUUUGAUACGUAUCGGAAUUUAUUAUGAAAAUUGAUAAGUCUCUUCAAGAUGAUAAAAAAAAACGAAGCCGUUCUCAUGCGUGGUACUGUUGCAGGCUCUGACGAUUCUCCAACGAAAUAUUAUUGCCGCAGAAAAACAUUUCAUAUAACUAUAUAAUGUCACAUAAUUGUUUCGCGGAUAACGAAAUAUUUUUUGAGAAAUUUUAUAAGAAACUGCGCACAACAUAUUUAUAUGUUGGACUGUGUGCAACUUCUAAAAGAAAACAUUUUAUAUCGAUUCUUGAUAAAACUGUCGAUUUGAGUUCUGAGUUAUAUGUUGGACUGUGUGCAACUUCGAAAAGUAAAAAAAUUUUAUAACGAUUCUUGAUAAAACUUUGUCGAUUUCAGUUCUAAUGUCAAUAUUUUGUGCGUGGUUUCGUGCGAUCGCAAGUACAAUCGUCUGCAUAUAGUUUAUUUCUACGUAUAUAUUUACCGGUUUUUAUUCUCAGACCUUGUUUGCUAAGUGCACAUUAUGAUGUCACCUCGAGAGGGGCGACUGUCUAACAAAUUUAGAAACCGCAACCUUUUCGCCAACGUUACUAUAAGUUACACCGUUGCGAUUAUUUGUCAUAUUUUUAUUUCACGUAGCAUUUUAUUUGCGUAUUAGUAGCUCUCGUUUGAAAGAAAGAGAGAGAGAGAAACAAAUAUGGUUACCUGGGAGAAAUAUGUAUGGACGUAAUGGGUAAGUGCACAGAAUGCAGCUCUAUAUAUUUAGUUAUACAUAAUUCUAAGCGUAUUACUUUGCGUAUAAGAUGAUACAUCCUUUUCAUGAAAAACAAGCACUGCCAUUCAACAGUUUUCCAUUGUCUUCCGUGAUAUUUUCUAAAAAAAAGGGACACAGACGACACAUCCAUUUGUAAAGAAUUUGAUGUACAAUCGUAACUCGACAUCGCGCAAAUGUCGCUAACACGUUCCUUACUGUGCAUAUUGUUGGACUUCCAAGAAUCUCUAAAUAUUAUUUCUCUUAUUUGUACUUUGUUAUUCAACAACACAAGUUGUUGAUUACCAAAUUAACUUGUUAUAUAUUGAAAUUGUUGAAACGGCUGCACAGUUCAAAAGCAACGUGUUAAGAAUUAUAAAUUGCUUCUUCUUUACAUGAUUGCCAAUAUUCAGAAUUCACUGCUUCAUUUUACAAUCUAAUGCAAUUACUGCUCGAUUAUUAGUUGGCAAUUAUUAAUAUUGCUAAAAUGCCAAAAAUGUUGCUAGGCAUUGCGCUCUCAAUCUACAAUCAGGAAAGCACAAAAUCAACCAAGUUAUAUAUUUUAAACGAUAAUUUUUACUUGUAUUGUAAAUUGAAAGAUAUCUUCAUAACUAUCUUGCGACUUGUUGCAAUCGGAUGUCUUUUAUUUUUUCAUGAAUGUGCAAAGAUAGAUAUCUAUAGAUAUAGAGUGCAAAUUCUGUCACAUAUCAAGACAUUUUUUAUAAUAUUGACCAAAGAAGUACCUGUUUAUAUAUGAUUUACUAAACAAUCAUAUCGAGCUUGAUAUUUUACUAAAAAAUUCCAAGACUGAUAAAAUAUAUUGUACGUCAUCUUAGAACUUGUAUACAGAGAUCAAUUGUUAGGACAUCUACCAAAAAUGUCUUAUUAAUGUAUCUAUUAACUUUCUACUAUUUUUUUAUAAUUAUGUACAAGAGCUAGACGAUCUAAUCAUAUUGUGAUAAAAAACUAAAGAUUUAUACCUUUUAUAUAUAUUUUUGCCAUUUCAACUGUGAUAUCGAUGUAGCGCAGAGUCACUUGUCAGUAAAUAUUUUUCUAAAGUUGAUAGUGCCAUAUGAUAAGUUUCUCAUUUUAUUUUUAUGUAGAAAUAGGUGCUAUUACAUAUUAUGGUACACACGAUAUAAUUAUAACGAUAGAAACUGUAAAGAUUUGUGUAGAAAUUUUUAUAUGAAAUUUAUUCAUUUAUAUAUAUAUAUGUCGAUAUUAAAUCGUUUAUAUAGAGCUCUCUUGCUAUAAGUUUAUACAAAUUUGCUACUAUGAAAAUGUAUACAACACGUUGCAACGACUUAGCACUAAUUCUCACUAAUUUUCACAAAUCAGUUUGAUGAACCGUAAUUAAUUACUUUGAGUUGCUUUGCGAGAGCAUAGUUCGCUAAGGGAUAGUUUGCGCUAUCACCACGAGAAUUAAGCACCAAAAACUGAUCGCAAACUUUCCAAACGUAUACGAUAGUCCGCAUAUAAAGCUAUAUUUACACGUUAUGCGUGUAAUUUACGCGCGCGUAAUAUGUAUUGAAUAACGUCGAAUAAGGUAAGUGAUAAGACAUGUAAUGUAAUAUAUCCAUGUAUAAGUGUAGAUAUAUAUAUACGUUUGUCCUCUCCCUGA